AUGCGCCAUCUGUUGGACGCGAAGAAUGUGGUUGGUUAUACGCCCUUGAUAGUCGCAUUCCGCCUUGGUCGAUUUGCGUUUGCAAAAAUCCUUAUACAAGCCGGAGCAGAUCAGACGGUCCGGGACGUCGAUGGUAGAAAUCUGUUACAUGUGCGAAUUCAACAUAUGAGUCGCUCGCGGCCUACCGACUGGUCUAUCCGAGAGGCGCUCGAACUGCUCGAUCGUCAGCUCCUCCCAUCCAUGCUGACCGCUCGCCGUCUUUCCGGCGACGUAAUCCACACACCCUUUGCUUGGUUGAUUUUGUGCAUGAGUCUUGACGCGUCGACAUUACCGGGACUAGCCGCUAGUCUAAAUUAUGUCAAGCCUCUAGGUUGCAAGCACCUGGAGCUCUUGGACAGCGAGGGGGACACCCCAUGCCACGGACGGGGGGUCAUAUCAUGGGAGCUUAUCGAUUUGCUUCUGGCGUACGAACCUGAGCUCGCGGCCAAGGAGAACGUCAACGGGCUCACGCCGGCGGACGUUGCCGAGCAGAAGUUGUUUGCCAAGGCUGCUAAGCCUCCGCAUAUUCCACAGCAGUCGAGCUCUCGCAACCUAGGCGCAGGCGCUGUCGGAAAGGAGCCGUGGACGUUUGUGCACCAGACAGGAAAAGGAGUGCUGUUAGCGAACAGGCGGAGAAUUUAUGAGCGGUGCUGCUUAGGCGGAAGCGACGGGGACACAAGGAGGAGAAAGCUGGUGACGCUNUUACAGUCGGUGAUCACCUGA